CUCCCAUUAUCUUCACAUAAAUUCCAAUGGCUGGUAAUCAAUUCGAAAAUGCUCUGGAACGAUUGAGUAUGAAGGUGAUCGUUGCAGUUACUGAGGACAUCGAGUUACCUUUGACUCGAAACAGCAAACGAAAACGAAGUGCCUUGCUGGACACUGUACGGGAUUCAGAAGCUGCUCGUCAACUCAUCAUCGCGGCUGGUAAGAAGAAGACACCGGACGUAGUUGAGACUUCGAAUCCAUCAGAACUCCACCACGCUUUGCAGCAGCUUACGGUGAAAGAAUAUUUGACGACAGCAGGUGGUGGAAAAUUCUCGAGAGUUAACAAACGCAGACGAUCAACCUUGAUAGAGGCCGUCGAACGAUCCCCAGAAUUACAGAAGUUGAUGAUUUCUGCUGCAGCAGCAAAAGAAGAAAGGGUACAUGAAGAUCGGGAAAGAGCUUUGAAGAGAGUUUGCUUGCAACAGGAGCCGCAGUCGACGGAUGACGACCAUUUUCUUGAAGAGGUGGAAAAGUCGGUACACGAAAAAUGCCUGUCAAAUUUCAUCGAUCGUACAGAAAAUGAUGCGACUCGACAAGCUGUUUGCAUUACCUGUGCUGGAGAGUAUUUCGCGUCAGAGGCAACCGAAAUCGCUCUUCGCGAUAUCCAUAACAAAAAUGUUCUUAGACCGUUUCAAGUUCAUCCGCAUCAAAAAUUGCUCGACGAUAUGCUGUUAUAUCAUCAAGCUGUCUUCAACAAAGGAGAGGAUCCCUAUGGAUACAUUUGUGGAUCUUGUCUUGACAAUAUCAACGUCAACAAGACUCCCAUGCUCUCUCUCGCCAAUAACCUCUGGGUCAGAGAGAUCCCUAAUGAGCUCGCGAUGCUCGUUAGCUAGCAACGGUAUAUUCAGUAAAUGCGUGCCACAAUCACAAUGUGCAACAUGAGCAAAUUAAUCGGGGUUAAACUUGUUUAUACAAGUUGAAUCAAUUCGCGACGCUGGUCGAAAAAGCUUUUAGCCUCGUGACUCAGCGUCAUCAUUAGAGGCCCCUUACAUUUUGGAU